AUCAUAAUACGCACUAGUUACAGCGUGUUAGUUGCUUCGUAGUGUUUAUCAUUUAGUGAAGUAGUUAUUCCAUGCUUGUAAUUGUCGUGUAAAUAGAUUUAAUUUAUUUCGCCGUCAUUAUCAUUCACAGUUCUCCUAUUGCAGUGAAGUUUUGGAAUUUUGUAAACCCUAAAAUUAUAUUUACACAUAUACAUAUACACAUAUAUAUUACAGCUGCAACUAGUAUUCUUGGAAAUUAGUAAUAGCUUAAAUCUAAAAAAACACAAGAUAAAAUGACUGUCAGUCGCCCAAAACCAAGCGCUAGCCCAUCUGAUGAUUCAGCAGUCGGUGAUAUGAACAGCAAUGGGACAAGUGCAACAAGUAGUAGUAAUGGUGAAGCUCUUUGCCCGGAAACUACCUCAACAAUAACAACAGAAAGUUUAACUGAAUCCUAUACAAAAUUAGCGCUAACUAAACGACAAACAUCACUCGUGAUCGAAUCUAGUGCAGAUUUAAAUGAUCCAGGGAAAAUGUUUAUCGGUGGCCUGAGUCCUACUACAACAUCUGAAGGUCUCCGGGAUUACUUUCAAAAAUAUGGUGAACUUAGAGAAUAUAUGAUUAUGCGUGAUCCUCUUACAAAAAGAUCAAGGGGUUUUGGUUUCGUAACAUUUUCCGACCCAGUUUGUGUAGAAAAAGUUCUUGAAGCUGCUCCUCACAUUUUGGAUUUUAAAAAGAUUGAUCCAAAACUUGCAGUUCCUCGUAAACCUGGACAAAAUGCAAAAUUAUCCACAAAAACUAAACGUGUAUUUAUCGGUGGAGUUGCAACUCAGACUACAAAUGAAGAACUCAGUGAAUACUUUAGCCAAUUUGGCAAGCUGGAAUCGUGUGAGUUAAUGAUGGACAAGUCAACUAAUCGACAUAGAGGCUUUGGUUUCGUCACCUUUGAAUCUGAAGAGUCAGCAGAAAAAGUCUGUGAAAUCCAUUUUCAUGAUCUGCAUAAUAAAAUGGUUGAAGCUAAAAAAGCUGUUCCAAAAGAAGUGAUGAGUACAAAUAAUACAUUAAUAAAACAAAGACAUCAGUUCAUUCGUGCACCACUUCCUCACUUUCUACCUGGGCAGUUGAAUGGAGCAGCGGCGGCCGCAGCAGCUGCAGCUGCAACCUACACACUAACAGCCACAUCACCAAUUACAGCACGUCAGCCAAGUGCCUAUGCUUACUUGCCUGGAUAUUAUCUAUCCCCAGGUACUGCUAUGUUUUACAACCCAUCAACUGGCGUCGUAAUCAAUCCAAAUACAGGAUUACUGCCAACUACAUUACAAACAAGCCAGCUAACAAGUCCUCAAGAAUCACAAAACACCAGCUAUGAGUUACUUAGUUCCCCAUUAUUCAAUCAUUCAUUACAUGCAGUCCAACCAACUACUUUCAUUGCUUCUAAUUCACCACAUCAAAUUUUUCACAAUACUGCGAGCAGUAUUUUCACUAAUAGUGAUCAGACUAGAGGUCAGCUAAAUGCCAAAAAUACUAUCAAUAACAGUCAUGACAAACAUAUAAAUGCUAACUGCACACUAUCACUAACACAAUGUGAUGGCCAAAAAGUCAAAGAAUUUCCCAACAGUAACGAUAACCAUUCUAACAAAUUACAAUAUUUUCUCAAUUCAAUGACAAUAUCUUCACUAUUACAAAAUGGUGAAACAGCUAAUUACAGAUCAUUAGCCAGUUCAGUAAAUCCCUAUUUACAAACAGAUGUUGUGAGUCCAAAAUGUAGCACAGUAACUGUCGAUCAUCCUCUCGUGACUAAAAUUUCGCUGUAUGAAUCGCCUUGCCAUCAUCAUCAUCAGCAUCAACAUCGUUCAUCCCAACCACAAUUUAUAAGUCCACCAUCCAUUACAGCAUCUCAACAACCGUCAUUUAACGAAAUGAAUUUUCAUCGUGUAAAUGUGUCUAGUAAUAACCUGACGACUGCACAAACUCAUUAUGUCCUCACAAGUACAGCAAAUGAAAUUGGUUCUAAUCAGAAAAGAAUCUUUUCUAACCACAUACAAACCUCACCAGUCUCAAUAAUUCCAAAGAUUGAAUAUAAUGCUUGUCCUAUUAUUCAUACAUAUAGAAGUGGAUGAAGAUAUACAUAUAUCUCGCUUACAAUUUUAUGCCGCCUGUGUCAAAGGUUAAUUUCCUUGAAGAAAUUCGGACCAAUUUAUCGAACAAAACAUUGAAAUUACUCAUUUAAAUUUCGCUGAGAUUUUACAAGUAUAAUUUUUAAAAGUGAUAACCAUUUUGAAAUAUUUAAAAAUUACUAUCGAGCGCUAUAUUUUUUUAAACAUGAUUUUUGCGGAGUCCUACAAAGUGAUCAAUAAUUAUGUAAUUGAUUUAAUUUUCAGUGUUGGUAAACGGAGUUGGUUAACUCGUUCACACCUCUUUACCUUCAAGCUAAUUGGUCAUUUAUUUUCGCUUCAAAGAUAUAAGCGAAUCCUUGUUUUUUCAGCAUUGAUACUAUUACAAAUGCUAUGAUGACACUUGCAAACUGUGAUUAUCAAACUGUUUAUCAUUUUGUUGCACUUAUAUCCUUUAUCUUUUACAUCUUAUAAUGUAUCUGAAUCUUUCUUGACAUUUAUUCGUAUAUGUUUCUUAAAAUUAAACUCAGGUGGACAAUAUUGCACACAAAUGUACGAUUGGAUGCGAAAUAUCAAGAAAUAAAACUCUAUACAAAAAUCGAUUUCCUUCUACACUAGGGUACUUUUUUUUAAUAUUUUUGUUCUCUUUGUUUUUCUUUGCAUUGCUUUCACUAUCAAACUAUCAUUCACCCACAUACUAUAUCUCUAACUAUCGAUAAAUCCCAUCGAAUGUUGUAUGUUUUGAAAACUGUUUCAAAAUAAAUUCUCUUCUGUUUUUCGUGUUUCUAUGCUUAUUUUUUGUCAAAUUCUAUAUUUCCCAUUUUUAUUUGAAAUUACCAUGGAAAUUAUACAUUCUUGUGAUUUAUAUGUGUAUAUAUAUGCAAAUCUUUUCCAGGGAGGACAGUUUAUUUCAACUAUUGAUUUGGAUAAAUACAUUAAUCAGAAUUAUUUUCUGAAAAAGGAAUACACUCAAAAUCAUAGUUUUACCAAUAAGAAAAAGAACAUACUUUCUUCUUUUAUUCACAAUGGAACUUAGAUGAUAUGAGAUGUUAAAGUGUUGAAUUAUUCAUUCAUACUGUAAAAAUAAAACCUGUACUUUAUCGAUUGAUAUCCGUAAAAAUUUAUGUCGAGACUUAUUCAACAGAAUAAUAAAAACUUUGUCUCUG